CCCGUGUUCUCGGUGGGCCUAUCACCCUUUGUCUUGAUUUUAUCGCUUUCUCUUCCUCCUGUUUCUUGGAUCUUCUUCACCGUUAUUUCAACAUUUUCACUUUUCCCAACACCUUUUACUCCAAGAAACAAACCACCUUUUUCUUCUUUUUUUUCCUUCCAUUUUCUUCACAUUGAUUUCAUCAAUUACCAGCACAAUUUGUUCACAACCCUUUCAUGUCGUUGACCAUCAAACAAGAAGUCCAAGAGGAACCCAGAAAUGGGUUUCAAGAAAUUGUUGAAGAAAAACAAAGUAUGAAGAGAAUUCAGAGUGAAUCAUCCAUUGAUGAAACUGAAGAUGAAGGUGAUGAAGAAGCAGAAGAUAAUAAUAAUAAUAACAAUAAAAUUGAAUUGGGUCCUCAGUGCACCCUCAAAUCACAACUUGAGAAAGAUAAGGAUGAUGAGAGUCUUAGAAAGUGGAAAGAACAGCUUCUUGGAAAUGUUGAUAUUAAUGAUGUUGGAGAGUCACUCGAACCGGAAGUGAAAAUCAUUAGUCUUUCGAUCUCGUCUCCUGGGAGAUCUGACAUUGUUCUUGCGAUACCCGAAGAUGGAAAGCCGAAAGGGUUAUGGUUUACGUUGAAAGAAGGUUGUCGUUACAGUCUACGGUUCAAGUUUCAAGUUGGGUGUAAUAUUGUUUCCGGUUUAAAGUACACCAACAACGUAUGGAGAACUGGUGUCAGAGUGGAUAGAGUGAAACAAAUGCUUGGAACUUUUAGCCCCCAACAAGAAGCAUAUACUUAUGAGAUGCCUGAAGAGACUACACCUUCUGGUUACUUUGCAAGAGGAUCUUACUCUGCUAAAACAAAGUUUGUUGAUGAUGACAACAAAUGCUACUUGGAGAUCAACUAUGCGUUUGAUAUCAGAAAAGAUUGGGCCAACUCUGAAUAAACAAAUGCAUAAAUUGUCAGAAAGCUUUAGUCUUGAAGUUUCUUGUUUUUGUUUCAAGUUUAGUGUGAUGAUGCCAAAUUUUAUAUGAGUUUGCAUUUUACCUUUUACAUUGUAAUAUGUUGUACUGAAAUUAUAGUUGGUGAUGGUUUGUGUAGUCUAAAUGCUAAUGGGUUGUAUCUUUGGGCUCCUAUAUAGUUCUGGCUUGGCCCAGUGGGCUAUUGGGUUGUAUGGCCUACAUUGCUCAAGACUGAUAAUAUAACAUAACUUUCUCAAUACCAA